GCAUGGCGGUUGCGAGACUUGAUCCCAUUGUUAGUGAUCAGGUCAGCGGAUUUCAAUCUGGAGAGCAAUCUAUCUUUAUUCAAUUCGUCAGCUCUGACGGAGAAGAAACGGGCACGCCUGUAUUUGUGCCAUUUAGUAGUUCCGUAUCUGACCUUAAUAACAUUCUCGCCACAUUCCUCGAAAAGGAAUUGAAUGAACUGGAGGCAUAUACCUUUUUUAUCGGAAAGACGCAGAUUCUCGAUGAUCUUGGCUCAGGCAUAGCCCAGUCUGCUGCCGAAGGGCAGCAUACCAAUGCUGAAGCCAGCUCAGGUGCCUUGAUGGAAUCUAUUAUAAAAGUGACUUAUCAAGCACAGGCAAUCUUCCGUGUUAGGCCUGUCACUAGAUGCACCAGCACACUUCCGGGGCAUAAAGGUGCAAUCUUGGUUGCUCUUUUCUCACCAGAUGCCAAAGCUUUAGCCACAGGAUCAGGCGAUUGCAAUGUUCGCUUCUGGGAUCUUAACACGGAACUUCCCCAAACCUUUGUUCCCAAUGCCCAUCAGUCACCGAUCCUGUGCCUAUCCUGGUCUCCUGACGGCUUGCGUCUCGCAUCAGGUUGUCAAGGCGGUCUCAUUUGUUUAUGGAAACAAGAUGAGACAUGCAACUGGAUACUAGACUCACUUUCGCCCCUUAUUCAACCUUCACUUGCUCGAACUCCUGCCAGCUCGAAGACUCGUUGGAUUCGGUCUCUUGUGUGGCGACCAUUUCAUCUGGACAAAGAUUGUCGUCUCUUGGCCGCAGCAUAUCAGGAGACGUCGAUAGUGCUAUGGGACACGGUGACUGGAAGACCGCACCGCAUUCUCACAGGUCAUGAGAAGCCGGUGACAUGUCUGCGCUGGGGUGGAACUGAUCUCCUCUAUUCGGCUAGUCAGGACCGGACUAUUCGCGUAUGGCGCUGCACCGAUGGGGUACUCUGUCGGCGGCUAGACCUCCACGGUCACUGGGUCAACUGUCUGGCACUCAGCGUUGACUACGUUCUUCGAACUGGUCCUUUCGAUCCGGCUGAUGCUGUUCUCGUCAAGUCUUCGUUCUCUGUUAGUACAGAAGCCACGAAUAAACGUAAACAGGCUGACUCCUUUCUCCACUUUCAGACCUGGGAGUUAAUGCAACAUCGUGCCAAGCAACUCUAUGAGAAUGUCAAGGGGAGUGGACCUGAGCGUCUGGUGGCAGGUUCCGAUGAUAACACACUGUCCUUGUGGACUCCUGAAGUCACAAAGCACUCGCUUUGUCUGCGAAUGACGGGUCACCAAGGUGUAGUCAACGAUGUUAAGUUUUCGCCAGACUCCCGCCUCAUCGCCAGCGCUAGUUUCGAUCACUCCGUAAAGAUUUGGGAUGGAUUUACUGGACAGUUUCUCGCAACCAUGUUCGGCCACGUUCAGGACGUGUACUUGGUAGCGUGGUCCAGUGAUUCGCGCCUUCUAGUAUCUUGUUCGCGAGAUUCCACACUUAAAUUGUGGAGUGUGCUCGAGGUCCGCCGUUGGAGUCAAGAAGCGGCCGUAAAGAGGAGUCAACAGGACCAUAGAAAGAAAGUUGAUAAAGCUUGUGAAGAAAAGGAACCACCUCACCAGAGACGGCGCCACAUGCUUCAUGACCUGCCUGGUCAUGCCGACGCCGUCUACGCACUUGAUUGGAGUCCAGACGGUCAGAGAGUUGUCUCAGGUGGAAAGGAUCGUAUAGUCAAAUUGUGA